UUUUUUUUACUUUUUCUUUCUAUUUCGUUUAUGGAUUGGAUUAGUGGUUUACUAUGUUAUUUUUUGGGCGCGUUCACUUUUAUUCCUUUGGCAUUAUGGAUUACACAACUUUACAUGUCGAUACCUCCUUCUCCUCCUCCGAUUAGUACAGCAAAAGAAGUAGACGUUACAACUUGUCAUAAUUAUGGUACAAAAAAAGGCUGGAUUCGACUUUCUUCAAAUUAUCAACCAAAGUCACCAACAAAAAAGAAACAAAAUAAUGGUGAAGGUUAUGGUGUACUUAAACAAGGUAUUCUCAAGGUAUAUAACAACGAAAUGCAACAACACUGCGAAUGGACUAUUGAUUUGAAUCACUAUCAUGUCUCUAUCUAUCCUCCAGGUCGUCAAGAACAUACUCUUUUCAGUCGCUCAGUUGCUUUACGCUUACAACGAAAAGAAGGAAUAACUAUCAACUGUGAUGAUAUUGUAGGUUCAAUACAGGACAAGGAAAUAUUCUUCUCAUGCUCUAGACCUAUCGACAAAGAAGAUUGGUACUUCGCUUUUAUAUCAGUCUCCAACUCUUCACCCAAUCAUCCUCAUGCUAUUCCUUUUGACCCUAUGGCUGUAGCAUCUCUCAUCACUUCUAUUGGUAAACAAAAACAACAACCAUCAGAUACUGACCAACAUCAAAUACCUUGGUUCAACGCCAUCUUGGGCAGAACGUUUCUCGGCAUAUAUAAAACAAGACGAUUACAACAAAUAGUACUGGAAACUUUGACGAAGAAAACAAAAAAGAUGAAGACACCUGGAUUCCUUGGCGAUAUUCAAAUACGUAGUGUAGAUCUGGGUCAUUCUAUACCUUUUGUUACACAACCUACACUUGUUGCUCUUCAUCCUGAUGGUACUUUGGUAUUGGAUGCUCACGUAAAUUAUACUGGUGGAUUCAAAGUUGUAGUAGAAGCCAACGUUGGUGGCACUUUUUCUAUUCGUGUUCCUUUGGUUCUUUCCUUGACUCUCCGUUCUCUCUCUGGUACUAUUCGUUUCAAAAUCAAACCUCCACCAAGUAAUCGAUAUUGGAUUGGUUUUUGCACAAUGCCAACAAUGAAAUGGUCUAUUGUUCCCGGUGUCUCCAACUGCAAUGUCAAGAUAUCUAUGAUUACCAAGAUUAUUGAAGCCAAAAUUAGGAAGAUGAUGACUGAUAAUAUGGUUUUACCAAAUAUGGAAGAUAUACCUUAUGCAAAUUCGGAUGGAUUAGGUGGUAUAUUUCAUAUUUCGACAGAUACUAAUAACAACUUGAUGGAUGGAUUAAGUUUACACAAUGACAGUCGUGCUAGUGAUGAUGAUUUGGAUUCUUCUUUACAACAAUCAUUUGUCAUCAACAACUCGGACGAUCAAAGUAGUAUAUCAAUGGAAUCACAAUCAACCUCUAGUAGUACGAAUAAUACACCUUCUCCUUCAUCUGGUAAAUGGUCCAAAUUCUUCACUACUCGUCUACGAAAGAAUACUGGAACAUUCCCUGUGUCAACCGCGACAGCAAUAUCGACAGCAAUACAUCAAAAGUCCUCAACAAUUGAUCUCAAAGCGACAAUGGAGCAAGAAUCAAUGACUGGAUUAAAGGAUAUCGUUCAGUCUAAUCAAUCACAACGAAACAGCAAUGUCAAAAUACGAAAAGAGUAUGUUGUGGAAACACCAAAAUGUGAACUCAAUGACAAGGAAAAUAGUACUGACAACGAAAACGAUAGUGAUAAUGACAACAAUAACGAAAAUGACAAUGACAAAGAUGAAAUAACAGAUCCAUAUUCUUUAUCACCAUCAUCAACAUCUACAACUAUUUUAGUAUCAUCAACAUCUCUCACAACGGAACAAACAACAGCACCGUCUUCUUUGAAUGAUGACACAACAAAAGAUGAUGACAGCGCGUCUAUUAGUAGCACAAAAUCCAGUCGUAGAAAAAAGUUAUACAACGCAGCAGGUUAUAUCUUCUCCAAAGGUAAAGGAUUGGCAGGUGAUUUGCGGGAAUAUCGACAUCAGGACCUACAAGUGAAACGGCAACAAUCUUUACUGCAAUAUUCGGAUCAACUUCAAGAUAUGCGGCGACGAUGCAAUGAAAAUACCUCUCGACGAUUAUCAACAUCUUCAACGUCUUCCUCCAGUAUUACAAACGAUAGGAUGUCAUCAAAUUCGACGUUGACCAAAAAAUCCAUCCCACCGUUACACUUGAUACAUAAUGAAGAUUGUCCACCAGCAUUACCGUCUCGCAAAAAUGGAGUUUUGGGUGAUUCAUCAGUGGAAAUUUUCCAUCAUCAACAACCAAGUGAAGAAAAACCACAGUUACCACCUCGUCUUCCACCACGUACCUUUGCUACUACUCAAUCAACAUCAGUAUCUCAACCUAGGAAUCCAUUGAAUACAUCAAUCUCUUCAGCACACUUGCCACAAUGCUCAACACUUGAAUUAAUCGACACUGGCGAAAACAACGACAUCACACCAUCACAAGACUUAAAAUCAAUGCAACAAAAAUAUCCAAGUGUAGAAUAGACAUAUAUCAUAGUGUAUCCAUUCCUUUUAUAUAUAUAUAUAUUUCUCCAUUCCACUCGUUUGAUUACACAUUCCCCUUGUUUGAUUAGUCUACUAUAUUCCCCUGAAACAACUAUAAAAAGAUGAUUUAUAUAAAUGAAUCGAAAAUGUAGUUCAUUUAUUUCUGAACGAUCAAGUCCUAUCUAAAUCCAUAUUAGGGAGGUGAGGGUUGUACAUGAGUAAUAGAUGAUUUAUUCGUCGUCAACAACGGUAGUUUCGAGACCCUUGAAAGAAGCAACAGGAACAUAGGUGACAUAAGAGUAGAGCUUUUCCUUGGCAUCUUCAUCAUCAUUACGCUUACGAGCGAUACGAACACGGAUACGAUGAUCAAUGUGCUUGACACCACGAGCCCACAAAGCCUUGUUCAAA